AAACAUAAACAAAAUGUAACGCAUCCCAAUGUGAACAAAACACAGAGGCAAAGCUCAAGAAUGUAUGCUUGAGCCCUCCACCGGACAAGUGAAAGUCCCUAUUAAGUCUGUUGAAGAGCCCAAAUUCCAUAUAUAUACAAGUGUCUUAAAUCUUGUAAAACCAACCAACCAUGCUCAAGAGGAUGAUGAUGAGAGAAAUGUGGUUGUGGCCUCGACUGGGCUCACUGGGUUCAGUACUGGCAAGUAUGAUGUUUGCUUAUGCCAUGUUUCAACGAUACUUUCCCCAUCAACUCCGGAGCCACAUUCAAAGAUAUACACAGAAAUGGUUCGGGUGUGUGUACCCUUACAUCCAGAUUUCCUUCGAUGAAUAUUCCGGCGAGUUGCACAAGCGCAGUGAAGUGUUCACUGCCAUCCAAAGCUACCUGAGCACCAAGUCGUCUACAGAAGCAAAACGGCUCAAAGCAAAAGAAGUCAAGGGUAGCAAGUCUUUAGUCCUUGUCAUGGAUGACAAUGAAGAGGUGACUGAUGAAUUCCAAGGCAUUAAGCUGUGGUGGACUUCCAGGAAAACUGCGCCUAGGCAAUCUUCAUCAUUUCCUUUCUAUCCUCAGCCUGAUGAGAAGAGGCGUUAUAAGCUCACAUUCCACCGACGCCACCGGGAUAUAAUCACAGGGACUUAUAUUGACCAUGCGAGAAAAGAAGGGAAGGCAAUAACGGUGAGUCAUAGGCAAAGGAAGCUUUACAUUAACAAUCCUCCUGGAUACAAAACGAGGAAAUGGAGCUCCGUAGCCUUUGAACACCCUGCAACAUUUGAGAGCAUAGCAAUGGAGCCAAAAAAGAAAGAGGACAUCAUCAAUGACCUCAUGAAGUUCAGCAAUGGUAAGGAGUACUAUGCGAAAAUAGGGAAGCCUUGGAAAAGGGGUUAUCUUCUGUAUGGACCACCAGGCACUGGUAAGUCCACUAUGAUAGCUGCCAUGUCUAACCUCAUGAACUAUGAUGUUUAUGAUCUUGAGCUAACGACAGUGAAGAGCAACACUGAUCUGAGGAAGCUGCUGAUUGACACGCCUAGUAAGUCUAUCAUUGUGAUCGAGGACAUUGAUUGCUCACUUGAUCUUACGGGGCAACGAAAGAAAAGGAAGGAGAGAGAUGAAGAAGAUAAAGAAAUAAAGGAUCCGAUCCGUAAAAUGAAGGAAGGAGAAGAAAGCAAAGCAAGGCAGGUUACUUUGUCUGGGCUAUUGAACUUCAUUGAUGGUAUUUGGUCAGCUUGUGGAAGUGAAAGGAUCAUUGUGUUUACCACUAAUUAUGUGGAGAAACUUGAUCCUGCUCUUAUAAGAAGAGGAAGGAUGGACAAGCAUAUUGAAUUGUCUUAUUGUUGCUACGAAGCUUUCAAAGUUCUUGCAAGGAACUACUUGGAUUUAGAUUCGCAUGAAUUGUUCGGAAGCAUUGAAUGCUUAUUGGGGGAGACCAACAUGACUCCAGCUGAUGUAGCAGAGAAUUUGAUGCCUAAAUCUAAUGUAGAGGAUGCCAGCUCUUGUUUGAAGAACUUAAUUGAAGCUCUCGAGGUUGCAAAGGAGGAGGCAAGAGUGAAGGCUGAGGAAGAAGCAAGAAAGAAGGCAGAGAAAGAAGCAAAAGUGAAGGCAAAGAAAGAAGCAAAAUUGAAGGCAGAGGAAGAAGCAAUUUUGAAGGCAGAGAAAGCAGAGAAGGAAACAGAAGAAUCUGCUAAAGAUGAAGACAAAAGUAUCGGAACAGAUAACAAGUUGUGAAAGAAAAUGGAGUUGUCCAUUGAAAAUGAGGAAAAGAGUUAAAUUAUCUGCAUAACUACAACCAUCUGUUCCAUUAUCUAUCCAAAUCACUGUGUUUUUUCCAAUGUUUAAUAAGAAUCAUGUAAUGGAGUUGUUUACCAUUUUUUCAUAGCAACCAAUGAUCUUUUUUAUG